AUGUUGCACGAAUUUCCGACCAACGAGAAGGACUGGGCGAAUUGGAGCGGUUGGAAGCAUCAGGAGGUUAACGUUGAGCGGAAGCGAAGCCUGGGUUCCAAGAUGAGGGACACGUUUACGCUUCGGAAACGGGACAGCAACCGCAAGCCGAAUACGUUAUUAGAAAUCGCAACUCAUCAACCUGGCUUUAUGCUUCAUACGAGGUCACACACGGCAGCUUCUAUGGAAUCGGUAGCUCAAAAUACCGCCAUGAUGGGAUGUCCGACGCCGCACUCUGCGGUGCCAUUCACGGACCAUAGUGCCACGGGGGAUUUGUUUUCUCUCCAAAAGCAAUCGACUAUGACUGACAUGAUGGAUGCCAGCUUAGAGCUUUUCCGACAAGGGUUCAGUGCGGAGGAAAUGUCGGAUUUGCAGUCGGCCGUGUCGUCAAUCACGGCCUCGUCCACCAUCGAAGUCGAACCGUCGCAGAGAGCGUCCACGAACACUUCGCGGACCACCUUGUUCCCACACAGGUUCUCACAAUACCAUUCACCUACGCCGCCUAUUCAGGGGAAUAGCAACGCUAUUACCUCACAGUCAUACCUUUUUACAUCACAAUCAACAAUACCCACGGGGACAUUACAACUUGAUGAUAUCCCCCCACCGACGGCCAUGUCUUUGGACGACCAGAUUGUUGUCCUCGGCGUUCCAGUGUCUCAGACGAGUAUGCCUCCUGCUAUGCAUGUGGAUGGCAGCUCGUGGUGGAGCCCAAGAAUCACGGGUCGCAUUCAAGGAUUAACACCGGACUCGUCUGGAACGAGUACCAGUUUCCAUGUUCAAACGCCACCGGCCAUGACAUUAACAAGCAACAACAAUGGAAGGGACAUACCGACACCGGAUACACCUGUGAGAACCAGAGAUACUGAUGAAUCACAACUUCAUCAAAUCUAUUAUCAACCAGGGACACAUCAUCAUCGGGACAUGGCCCGAUCACCAAGUCUCGACUCAAUAAAAACGAUGCAGCCAAACACCACACUAAUAGGAACAGGAGGAACUGGCAGCGAAAUAUCACAUCAAUCAACAACACCUGGAGAUGGGAACCCAACUCCCUCUUCUACUGGCGAUGUAUUACUAUCGCCAAACUCCGAACAGCAACAUCAACAACACCACCACCAUCGCCAACACGACCAUCAACACCAGCACUCACAUCUACAACAUCACACCUCCAACACCGGUAUCGCCAUCCACCACCGUCGACUCAACAACACCACACAACAAGACCCAAGUUCAUAUUUUGGUCACGGCAGCGGCAGCAACGAAAACGACCUAAUCUGCGACGAAUGCCAAUGGAAGCCCCGCGGCGUCCGCGAAAACCUCAAAGGCUAUCUCCGCAAACACAAAAACACACACAAGGGGUUACGUCUCUCCUGCGACGUCCCCGGUUGUACCAAGACCUUCAGCCGGUUAGAUAACCUGAAGAAACAUAAGAAGGAUAAACAUGGUAUCGAGGAUACUAUGAGCCCUAUAGCAGGAGCGGGAGGCGGUGGUGGUGGUGGAUUGCUGCCGUUAAAGAGAGUAGCGUCUACCGAAGGAGAUGAGCUCGUUGGGGGAAGGAUGGAUGGCGUGAAGAGGCCGGACACGAGUGAUUCCCAGCAGAGGCUAAGGGAUUUGGCGGGGGAUUAUACGAUGUUGUGGCCGGCUUUGCACUUUUAG